UAGGCAAAGCUCGGUAAUUUCCUAAUAUCCCACUAUCUAGUUCCGUAACACCGUAACACCUUCUCGCAGUAUCAAAGGUAGUUGCACUUACCCAACAAGCUACAUGUAAUCAGGGGUAGUAGUUUACCAAAAUGCAACAUAGUAUACACGCCAUGUACGUCAAUUCCCUUAGCUUGAGCUUAAAUUCGCGCUAGUAAUAGCCAAUGGACCCCUCCUACCCCACGAUACUCCAAGAGGUAUUUACAUUAUCUAUAUUUUAUCUCUCCAUCGCCUUUUCAACCCACCAUCCCAUACCAUCCCAUCGCACCCGUGGGAAUGGCCCCGAUUCCCAUAACCAUCAUAACAGGCUUCCUGGGGUCGGGCAAGACAACCCUCCUGCUGAACCUAAUCCCCCAGCUCCGCACCGCCAACCCCGCCUACCGCCUCGCCCUACUAAAAAACGAAUUCGGCGACGUAGCCAUCGACUCGCAGCUAGCAUCCUCGAGCGCCGUCUCCGGCGUCCAGGAGUUGUUGAACGGGUGUAUUUGCUGCAACCUCGUCGGACAAUUAAGCACCGCGCUCGCCGAGCUGCGCGACACAGUCCACCCCGACCGCAUCGUCAUCGAGACUUCCGGGUCCGCGUUCCCGGCUACGCUUGCUAUUGAGGUGAAUCGGCUAGCGCGCGAGACGGGGGGUCAGUAUGUGCUUGAUGGCGUGGUUAGCGUGAUUGAUGUUGAGAAUUGGGGCGGAUAUGAGGAUACUAGUUAUACGGCGCGCAUACAGGCGCGGUAUACAGAUCUGAUUGUCUUUAAUAAGUGGGAGACGUGCGAUGAGCGCAGGUUUGACGAGUGUCGCGAUCGGGUGGGUGAUCUUGAGGUCGAUGUUGCGUGGGUGAAGAGCGAUAAGGGUCGGGUUCCUGUUGAUGUCAUAUUUGGUAUUGAUGGUGGAUUGGCGAGGACACUGACGGAAGAGCCGGCGGCGAAGGAUAGCGAUCAUUCACAUAAUCACGACAAAGACCACGACGAUGGCCAUAGUCACCAGAGCGAGGUCGAGGUCUUGUCAGUCACCCUCUCCGGGAAGACAGGCAGCGCCGUCAAUGCGACAAAGCUAAUGGCUUUAUUGAACUCGGCGCCCAAGGACGAAGUAUAUCGGAUCAAGUCUGUAUUAACAGCAUCCUCGACAGUCCGGAGCUCCGGUGAAGACGAGCCCACAGCAUCGACAACACCGUCGGAUCAUCUAGGCAGGUAUAUUUUGAACUGGGCCUUUGGGAGGUGGACAUUUACAGCGCUCGAGCCGGAAACGGUUGAGCACAGCUCCAGCCAUCAGACUAUACUACGUAUGACAGUAAUUUUAGCAAGGUACGAGAGCGCGAAGUGGAAGAAGAAAUUAGAGACAGGCGGGUUUUUAGAGCUCGAGGGUGACGAAAAGGGCGAGUUAGAAGUUAUUAGGAUCUCUUGAGACCUAGCAGUCCUGCUCUUCUGAUAAUUAGACUUAGAGUAGACUAUAGUAAGAUAAUUAAUACACGGCCAAUGCAUCAUAGGACGUACUG